AUGGCUGGCCGUCAGCCAUUGGCUGAGGGGCUAGGCGGCUCUCCUUCACGGAGAUCCUUCUCUCAGUUGUUCUCUCAACCUUCAUCCUCACCCAUACAACUCCGGCCAGUGACUUCCUACAAGGGCGAGGCUGCUGUAAUUUUCUCCAGGGAAGAUGCAGACAGAUUGGCAUCUCCUUUUCGCUGGGCGUUGGUGGGAAAGUUUUCGCAUGGUAGGCCAUCUUUGGAAGAUAUUCGGAAGUUCUUAGCAACAUUGAAUCUGAGGGACCAUGUCUCAGUUAGAUUGCUGGAUUAUCGCCAUGUUCUUAUCAAAUGCUCGGCAGAAGUGGAUUUCAAUAGAUUAUGGACACGAGGGAUUUGGCAAUUGGGUAGGUUUCCCAUGAGAGUGUUUCGAUGGACAAGGGAUUUUCACGUUCAGAAAGAAUCCUCUCUCGCUCCAGUUUGGGUAACAUUACCAGCCUUACCAGUACACUUCUUUGAUAAACAUUCUCUGUUCUCCAUCCUUUCUCCAGUAGGGAAGCCGUUAUUCUUGGAUGCGGCAACGGCAGCGGGUACACGGCCUAGUGUGGCCAGGGUAUGUGUGGAAGUGGAUUUGGUGAAGCCCAUAUGCUCCAGAGUUUGGGUUGCAGUGGAGGGUGAGACAGGUUUCUGGCAGUAG